CUGAAACCUACAAGCUCGACACGUUACAUUGACAUCUCUCUCCCGGAUGUCAUCAAUCAUAGACGCUACACGUGUCCACUCAACCGUGUGUGUAUAUAUAUAUAAGCAGUAGAUCAGAUUUCCCAAAUAUCAACUCCACAGAUUAAAAAUGGAGAAAAAACAGGAAGUUUCGCCGGCGGAGGAGAAGAACGCCGAUCGGAGUCGCGGGGUGGACAAAAAGGAGAGCAAAUCAGAUGAGUUCGAUCUGCCGCUGGAGAGCAGCCCUUAUGUGAACUACGACGACUUGGACGACUAUAAGCUCAAAGGCUAUGGAGCUGAAGGCCAUCUCCAACCAGAACCCGGCCGCGGCGCCGGCGCUACUGAUGCUCCCACUCCGUCCGGUGCGGCGGGGACUCGCCAGUACGACGUCGCUGGAACUGGAACCGCUACGGAUACGAUUAAUCAUCAAGGGGUUCCCUAGUCAAUGCGCUGUUUUGCCAGUUGAUUAGAUGCAUGUAUUUUCUUCCACAAAUAAGACAAUACCAUAAGUUUAGUACGGUAUAAGUUGGUACUUAGAAUUGCUGCCGGCUUUUCGGACUCACAUAUUCUAAAUCUAUCGGUCUUUUUCCUCAUAUUUUUUUUUGUUUUCCCCUUCUUGUGUUCCGAUAGAAAGUCGUCGUAGAGCCGCAUCCAGCCAAAGUGGCGGCCCAGGUAGAGAUGGCAACAAAACCCGAACCCAUGGGUACCCACCCGACCCAACCCGGUCAACGCGGGUAAAACCCGUGUUGACGGGUUUUGGGUCGGGUUCGGGUUUAAACCCGCUACACUAUUAACCGGGUCGGGUUGGGUUUGGGUUUAGGUAAACCCGCCCCAUGGGUACCCGCCCACACAUAUAUAAUUACUUUUUCGGUAUAUUUAAUAUUCUAAAUAAUAUAUCUUCCUUAAACAACUAAUAUUCUUUAUGUUUGUGGAGACAUGUAUAAUUUGUUCUUUUUAGUUGUUUAGAAUGAAGUUGAUAUUAUGAA